AUGUCCGGCGAGGUCACCUACGAGCAGCCCACUGUGAUACAGACUGAAGAGAGCGAGGAAGUGCAACAUGUCGAGGUGCCCACGGCCGUGCUGCAAGCGCUCGCCGCCACUUUGGCGUUCUUUCUCUUCUUCCUCUACAUGGCCAAGACGGGCGGCGCCGAGACGGCCUUCUGCCACGUCGUCGACCCGGCCGUCACCAGGAUCGACUCGUACGCCCUCCACACGCUGCGCGAGUUCGAGAAGUUCUUCGCCAAGGCCCGACCGGAAGAGGUGAAGAGUUGUCAGUCGAAAAGUGGCGCCACCCACGCCGUCUCCACCUGCAGCGCAAUGCAGCCGACCCGCUCGCGGCGCCCGCGCCUCGCCGCCAAAUUCAGCGUCAGCCACCCGAACGAGACGACCAAG